AUGAAAUGCGAUACCCCGCUCAACAUAGUGCCGGAUGAAGCUUCAGCCCAAGUCGUAAUUUGGUCCAACCCGAGUUUGAAUCUUUCAGAAUAUGAUGGCGAAAAGUUACGAAGGGAGAAACCUGGUCAGCUUCAUGGGUUCUGGUCAUUGGAAAAUGCAGGCUACUAUCCCCAAGUAAGAGAAGCAAGAGAAAAUUUGGCAGCCGCAGAUCCGUCGGCGUUUGAUUUCGAAGUAACCUACAAGACCAGCUCAGACUUUCCAAUCCCGUAUGCCUAUGGGUUCAUGGAUACGAAAAAGGCCGCCUUACCCUUCGAGGCGCGACGACAAGAUAAAAUUGCAGCAGCAUUCAUCUCCAAUUGCAACCCGCUCAACAAUCGAACAGAGAUUCUUAAAAAGCUGAUCGACUUGUUGCCAGAUCAAAUCGAUUCUUUUGGAGGUUGUCUCCAGAACGCCGACUCGGAUAAAGUCGUCCAGCAGUUGAAUCUUAACCCAUUGGUUCCUGGCCAACCGCAUCACAAUCUCUCACGUUGGGAAGAAAAGAUGAGCAUUAUUGGACGAUAUAAGUUCACGAUCGCUUUUGAAAAUACAAAUGAAGAAGAUUAUGUUACCGAAAAACUCUCUAUGCCGUUCAAUACCGAUUCACUUAGUCUCACAUCAGUCCAAUUCGCAAAAUUCAAACCUUCCCCAGACUCCGCCUUGAACGUGGCCGACUUCAAGACUGUAGAAGAACUGGCAGAUCGGAUCAAAAAAAUUGCCAAUGACCGUGCUUUAUUCGAGGCCGCAUUAGAGUGGAAAAAUCAGCCUUUCCCUGAAAGAUUCGAUGAAAUCAUUGGCUGGGGGAAGAUACACGAAGCUUGUAGGAUUGCCAAAUUCCUUCGAAAGGAAUGGCGAAACCCGCAUGCUCUCAAACAAGAACGAUAUGAAUCAUUCUAUCAAAGAUUGAAUUUAACAACACCAUGA